AUUGUCAACCGUGACUGGGGGACCGGCUGAAAGACCGGGGGCUCGGAAGGAAGGCCAGGGACCACGCCACCACACCUGCCUCCGUCCCUCCCCGCCUCGUCGUCGCGUCGUCCCGCUCCAGGACCUCGCCUUUCUCCUCAGACCCCGCCAUGGAGCGACAGGUCCUGAGGCUUCGUCAGGCGUUCCGGUCCGGCCGAACUCGACCCCUGCGAUUCCGGCUGCAGCAGCUCGAGGCCCUGCGGAAGAUGGUGCAGGAGCACGAGAAGGACAUCCUGGCGGCCAUCGCCGCCGACCUGUGCAAGAGUGAAUUCAAUGCAUACAGUCAGGAACUCAUCAGUGUCCUUGGGGAAAUUGAUUUUGUGCUGGGGAAUCUUGCUGAAUGGGUUACUGCUAAACCAGUUAAGAAGAAUCUGCUUACCAUGAUGGAUGAAGCCUAUGUUCAGCCAGAGCCGCUGGGAGUUGUACUGAUUAUUGGAGCUUGGAACUAUCCCUUCGUGCUCACCAUACAGCCGCUGGUGGGAGCCAUUGCUGCAGGAAAUGCUGUGAUUAUCAAGCCUUCAGAACUGAGUGAAAAUACAGCCAACAUCUUGGCUAAACUUCUCCCUCAAUAUUUAGACCAGGACCUGUAUGCUGUUAUUAAUGGAGGUGCUGAGGAAACCACAGAGCUUCUGAAGCAACGAUUCGACCACAUUCUCUAUACAGGAAACACUACAGUUGGAAAAAUUGUCAUGGAGGCUGCUGCCAAACAUCUGACCCCUGUGACACUUGAACUUGGGGGGAAAAGUCCAUGUUAUAUUGAUAAAGACUGUGACCUGGACAUUGCUUGCAGACGCAUAACUUGGGGAAAGUUUAUGAAUUGUGGUCAAACCUGCAUUGCUCCUGACUACAUUCUCUGUGAAUCUGCCCUCCAGCAUCAAAUUGUGCAGAAGAUUAAAGAAACCUUGAAGGAAUUUUAUGGAGAAAAUAUCAAAGAGUCUUCUGAUUAUGAAAGGAUCAUUAACAUUCGUCAUUUUCAGAGGAUAAAGCGUCUGCUUGAAGGACAAAAGAUAGCUUUUGGUGGGGAGAGUGAUGAGGCCACACGCUACAUAGCCCCAACAAUACUUACUGAUGUUGAUCCUGAAACCAAAGUUAUGCAAGAAGAAAUUUUUGGGCCAAUUCUUCCAAUAGUGCCUGUGAAAAAUGCAGAUGAUGCCAUACAUUUCAUAAAUGAGCGUGAGAAACCCCUGGCGCUCUAUGUAUUCUCUCAUAACAAUAAGCUCAUCAAACGGAUGAUUGAUGAGACAUCCAGUGGGGGUGUCACAGGCAAUGAUGUCAUCAUGCACUUUACACUCAAUUCUUUGCCCUUUGGAGGAGUAGGUUCUAGUGGGAUGGGAGCAUAUCACGGAAAACAUACUUUUGACACCUUUUCUCAUCAUCGCCCCUGUUUAUUAAAAAGCUUAAAGAGAGAAAGUGCUAACAAGCUCAGAUAUCCACCCAACAGUCAGUCAAAGGUGGACUGGGCAAAAUUCUUCCUGCUGAAACAGUUUAACAAAGGGAAAAUAGGGCUCCUAUUGCUCACAGUCCUGGGUGUGGUGACAGCUGUGCUUGUCAAGAAAUAUCAAGCUGUGCUGAAGAGAAAGGCCCUGUUGAUUUGUCUGGUAGUUUACAGACUGUGUUGGCCCAGUGAACUGUGAUGAACAGAUUUCAAACCCCUGCUCUGUCUGUUAAGAGUAAGGCGAUAUACUACUGAAGAAUGAUCCUGUUCAACAUUCUAGUUGUUUCUACUGAAUUAUGCCUGUACUAAAUGGUUAUUGAACCAAUCAUUUUCAAAUCCUACCAAAUCCAGAAAAUAUGCCGAUGCACUGUAAUCGAACCUGUCAUUGCCACUCACCAUUAAUAUAGCCUGUCAUUUCAGCCAAAUCUUAACGUUCCCUAAUAGUGAGGGUAUUCAGAGAAGCUGAAGAAGAAGGUAAGAAAGUGUUAGGCUAAAUUUAAACCAUUGGGAGAUAGAUGUAAGGGAGGCUGAGAACCCUCUCAGUGACUUCUUUACUCUAACUCAUAGGACAUUGGCCCCUUCCCUUACUGCCACCAUUGUUUGGUGAAGCUUCUAGAGUCAACACUUUCCAGAGCAACCAUUGGUCCUCUUUAGUCCAGAGAGGUGAAAUUACAUCUUCCCAGCUCUCUUUGAGGUUUGAGGAAGUCGGGCGGGAGGUCACGAGGGUUGCCCCUCAUUCGUUAGACUUAGAAACUUGACCUCUAGGAGUCAUUCAUAUUGUGACAGUAUGUCACGGCCAUCCACAAAUACUUCUUGUGACCAGUACCACUCAGGACAUCUUGUAAAUCCUAGGGCUUCCUAAAUCCUUAUAUAUGUCCUGUCAUUCAUUUGGUGCUUGUUCAGAAUUCUACAUGUUAUAAAACUUAACUGCCAUUUUUAAUACUAUAAUAAAAGUAUAAAAACA